AUCUUCUUCCCAGCAUUGCUUGAAUGAAAAAAAAAAAAAAAAAAAAAAAAAAAAAAAAAAAAUCGACUCGCGAACUGAUCUUUCCUUUUCCCAUUCCACUUCAUCUUUUUCAUCCCCGAUUAAGGGUCCAUCAACGAACAGCCCCUAAACCCAACCUCCACUUUCAAUUUCUUUAUCAGCGUCCCUUACCUUUCUGUUCUUCUCUUCCGCGGUACAAUGGGUGUCCAAUUCCGGCGACAUGGUAUGAUACUAGGUUUGGGAUUCUUCUCUGGCCACUGUUGAUUUGGUCUGUCGGGCGUUAUGGGUAGCAUUCUUUUCCGGCCACGGUUUGUUGGUCACUGUUUUGCAUCGCUUGCGGAUUCGGUGCUGGAGUUGUGUUUUUCUCCAACCGUGGGUUACUGCGCCAUCGAUUGUGGGUGCGGUUGUCAUUUUCUUUUCCUCUGGUGAAGUGUGUGUCAAAAUUUGGUGGGUUUGUAGGUCGCGGUCAAAUUCCGGCCCCAUGGUUUGAGUCUGAUUCGGGUUGGGAUUCAUCUCCGGGGGGAUUUGUUGGGUCUUGCGGGUCUCGGUGGCAGCCAUCGUUGCCGAGUUUGGGUUUGAUUUGCAAGGCUGUGGUGUUGUUGCAAGUAUGUUUGUGACUAAUUUGUGAUGAUGGUGGAUAGUUGUUUGCUGCAAUAGUGUGAAUUUACAGUUUUGGAUUGUUGAUCACAUGGUUCAAUUUUAUGAAUUGGGGUGUUGAUUGUAGGGUUGUGAUUAGGUGUAAGAUUUGGUUUGUUUGAUUGAUUACAGAGGUGGUGAUUUAUGGGUGUUUAUGCACUUUUAGGGGUGAGUAUAGUGAUCUGAAUUGGUGAUUAGGUGAUUGAUUUGGGUAGUAGCCAGAUGGUCGAAUGAGCAAGAGGCGAUGAAUUUAGGCCAGGGGCUUUCUUUCCGACUCCGGAAACCAGCAUCAUCUUGUCCUUGUCGCCAGACCAGAAUCAUCGCCGUCGUCAUGUCGAGAUCAACCUCGAUGCUAACCCUAAACGUCGGCGCCUUCUUCAUUGCAGACCCAGCCAUACUCGCCGCUAUAGUCUCAUUUGUUUCAUUGGUGUCAUAUUUUUAUUGGUUUAUGAAAUUAUCAACUGCCAGGUAUACCUCUAAAAGCGACCUAGUUUUAAGUAAGAGUAAAUUUGUCUUUCAAUAUUUCUGACCAAGUCACCUACUGGAAUGCAACAAAUCAAUAAUAUAGGUUUUAUUUGGCAACAAGAUCAUAGUUCAGGAGGUUUCUUUUAGUUGAAGGGGCUUAGUUGCAAAACCCCAAUUCAGGAUUUUUUUUUUUGCAUUUUACCCUUAAAUUUAUUGUGUCGAUAUCUGGUUUAAUUUGGCCCCAAAAAGAAGAAACCCUAAACUAAGUUUUUCAGUAUCUAUCUCCCCUCCCCACCAGAGGCGCUUAAUUUUGCUGUCAGAAUCGUUUUUGCCGGCGAAUGUCAAUGGCUAGUCAAAUCAGCACGAUGGAUCAAUUAACCGAUUAUCUCGGUAUUCCAUUUUCUGGAUUACCCUUUUCAAAAAUGGGUUAUAUUCCUUCAUAUUUACGAACUGAUGUAAAUUGUUUCAAACCGUCCGUGGUCUCGAUUGGUCCUUAUUUCCGUCAUUUUUCGUUGAAAAUAGAAGACGCAUUUAAGUUGCAGAUGGCAUCGGAUCUCAUACAACCUGAGAGCUUCAAUACUUUCAAAUCAAAAAUGGAGAAAGUAAUUGAGAAAGAUUUGAUUCAUGUGUUUCAGCAGAAUCCUGUCCAUCUUUUGGACAUUCUGAGACGUAAGAUAAUCCGGUUUCCUAACACAAACCACCACAGUUGUACGAGAGUAAAUAGCUUGGGCGGAAGUCUUGCUUCAGCCAGUAAAAUGAGAAGUUGGGGAAUUUCUUUUGCAGUUCAAGGGAAUCUUGAAAUGAGGAGGAUUACAUUCAAGAAUGGAUGUUUUCAUCUCCCUAAAUUGUUCAUUUGUGAGUUUUCUGAGAGUUUGUUUGUGAAUUUAAUGGCUUAUGAGUAUAGUUUUGGAAUAAAAGGAAAUGAUGAGAUUUCUACCUACAUGUGGUUGAUGGGGUUGUGGCUAAGUGAUGAGGAAAGUGUGAGUAUUUUGCGCAACAAUGUUGUUUUAUCACUUUAUAGCGAUGAGAAAAUAGUACAACUGUUUAAACGGGUGACCCAGGAACGGAUGCCAAAUAUGAAACUAUUGGAGGUGACCCAUGGAUUGGUACCAAAUACCCAACUAUUGGAGGAAGUUGUAAAACUAACUAAGAUUUACCAAGAUUCUAAUGUGAUGCUACUGAGAAGAUGGGCUUUUAAAAUACAAGAGAUUUGUUUUAGCAGCAUAUGGAGAACAGUUGCAUGUGUGAGUGUAUUUGUAAUGACUAUUAAGCAAAUAGUUGGUGUAACUUGUAAGGGGUAAAUGUAGUCACUAUGAAUUUAUUUCAUAGUGUAUAAAUUUUAUGGUGACUACAUUAUCUUGGUUUAUAAAGCAAGUAUCUGUUUUCCAUUAUUUUUAAGUGUGUUGUUGUCACAAGCCAUAUUUGUUUUUCUGCUCAGGUUAUAAUAUAAUAUAUUGUCCUGAUUGCAAUA